ACUCUUUCCAUAAAUCAGAAAUGGGAACAAGCACAUUAUUACGAUCACUCCUGGGGAAGUGCAUCAUGCACUGGGAUCAUUUGCAAUAGCCCUGAAAUUUUUAGUAUUGGAGAAGAUGGUAGGAUAAACAUGUUCACCACUGAUCGUAAGGAAGCUGUACGUACUAUAGAUAAUGCUGAUAGCAGUACACUCCAAGCAGUGACUCGACUUCGUACAACAGAGAUUCUGACAGUCAAUUCCAUUGGUCAGCUAAAAAUAUGGGACUUCAGACAGCAAGGAAGUGAACCUUCACAAAUAUUUUCAUUGACAGGGGAAAGAGUACCACUACAUUGUGUCGAUAGGCAUCCCAAUCAACAACAUAUUGUUGCUACAGGUAGUCAAGAUGGAAUGUUGAGUAUUUGGGAUGUAAGACAAGGCAGCAUGCCAGUUUCCUUACUAAAUGCUCAUCAAGCAGAAUUAUGGGAAGUACACUUUCAUCCUUCCAAUCCUGAUCAUUUGUUCACUUGUUCAGAAGAUGGAUCUCUGUGGCAUUGGGAUGCUUCCUCUGAUGUGACUGAAAGAAAAUCUUUUCUUCAUACAAGCGGAAGAAAUACUUCAUUUCUACCUCAUUCUAUGGCUAAUCAGUCCAUAAUUAGUGCAUGGUUGAACAAUGAUCCUACUAAAGAUCGCAUUGAGAUUACAAAUUUAAGUUCAAAUUCAACUUUAUCGAUAAACAGUUUAGAUGUGUUAGGAUCAUUUCUUGUGUAUGGAACUGACACAGAAUCUAUUUAUGUUAAGAAGGAUCUCUUUGUAUAGCCUUAUUUUUCCCAAAACAAUGCUGUUCUGUAAAUUUAGAAUUCUUUUUCUAAAAUUGCAAUCUACAACAUUCUCUAGAAUCAUAAUUUGGAAUACAACUGAAUGUAAUUUAUGUUAGCUAGUUUUUAACAAUGAAUUUCUGUAGUUCUUCAAUAGUACUAUGUUUAUAUUAUUUUUUUCCAUUUAUGCAUUGUUUAUUGUAAUUACUUAAUUACAUUGUCUUUAUUUUUAAAAUAUUAUUUCAACUUUUCCAAUAAAGAUAAAUUAAUUGC